CCGGGGACUGCGUGGAGCAGAGGUGCCGCAGCGCUUCAGGAACGGACUGCCAGCGCGGAGCCAGAGCGACCUGAAGCGGAAAAGCUAAGUCAGAAUGGAGCGUAUGUCUGAGGAGGCACUGCGGUUGAACCUGCUGAAGCGGGGCCUGGAAACAGCAGAUGAGAGAGAGGAGGCUCUAGCCAAACGUCUGAAAAUGGAGGGUCACGAGGCUAUGGAAAGACUAAAGAUGCUAGCACUGCUUAAGCGCAAUGACCUAACUGCCCUGGAGGCAGCAGCCAUGGUUGAGGGCAAGGGGCCCGGGGCCAGCCAGGGACUACUGAGGGCUUAUGAGGAGAAACUAAAUGGGAACUUUAGGACCACAAGCCAUGGGGGGCCCAGCAAGAAUGGCAAAGAGAACAUGAUGGAUGAACCAGUGGACAUGAGUGCCAGGAGGAGUGUUGUGGAGAGAGAAAGGUGCACCCCAUCACCGGAUGUAAUCAUCCUGUCAGAUAAUGAGGCGUCAAGUCCGAGAAGCACUCCACACCCAGAGGAGCGUCGCCAUCACCCAAACCUGGAAAUGUUCAAGGGGAAAACGGGUGAGGAGAGGCAGCAGAUGAUCAAAGCUCUGCGUGAGGAGCUGAGGCUGGAGGAGGCCAGGCUUGUGCUGCUGAAGAAGCUGAGACAGAGCCAGCUGCAGAAAGAGAACCUAGUGCAGAAGGUUCCAGUGGUUCAAAAUGCCCCCUCUUCGAUACAGUCCUCUACCGUUCACAGCUCACAGGGGCUGAACAAACUGCCUGUGCGGCCAGGCGUGCACUCUUCUGAGCCCCAAAACCUCCGCACAGCACAGGGCCACACGGUGAUCAGGUCUGCAUCCAGUGCCUCUUUGCCCCCCAUGAUGAUGUCCCAGAGGGUGAUAGCCCCGAACCCAGCACACCUUCAGGGGCAGAGAAUAUCCAAGUCUGGCAUGGGCCGGCUCUCAGGGAGCAUGAGUAAUGCUAUCAACUACCAGCAGGCUGCUAGCCAACAGGUGGCUGCCUCACAGCGUUCCAGCUCCUCCACAGCUAUUUACAUGAAUUUGGCCCACAUGCAGGCGGCUGGUGCAGCAGGUGUGCCAGGCGUCGGGGUGGGAAUGAGUGGCGUGGGUGCGGUCAGCCCCUCUGCACUUCCCAGCAGCUCUAGUUUGGGUUCACUGAGUGACCAGGCUAGCAGCCAGGCAGCCGCAAAACUGGCCCUGCGGAAGCAGCUGGAGAAGACGCUGUUGGAAAUCCCUCCCCCUAAACCUCCCGCGCCCCUGCUUCACUUCCUGCCCUCUGCCGCAAACAGCGAGUUCAUCUACAUGGUGGGACUAGAAGAGGUGGUGCAGAGCGUCCUCGACAGCCAAGGUAAAAUGAGGGGUUCACUAGCCCGCAUGGAGCCAUUCUUUUGCGCCCAGUGCAGGACUGACUUCACCCCUCACUGGAAGCAGGAGAAAAGCGGCCGUAUCCUGUGUGAGCAGUGCAUGACAUCCAACCAGAAGAAGGCCCUAAAGGCUGAACACACCAACCGUCUGAAGAAUGCCUUUGUAAAGGCUUUGCAGCAGGAACAGGAAAUAGAGCAGAGGCUGCAACAGCAGGCAGCUCUAUCCCCAAGCCCAGCUCAGACUGUGCCUAGCAUCAGCAAAGCUGAGAGCAUGAUCCGACACCAUGCCCUCCGACAGGUUUCACAGCCACAGGCAGCUCUGCAGCGAGGAUUGUCCGGUUCAGCGCGUGGAGUUCUCUCUAACUUUGCCCAGGCCUCACAGCUUUCAGUAGCCAGUGGCCUGUUGGGUAUGACCAACAAACGCUGCGGAUCAGGCAGUGCCGGCAGCAGUCGGUCACAGCAUGAAAGCCGUCGGCAGAUCUACAACAUCCCCGGCCUCAACAUUGCUUAUUUGAAUCCUGGUGGCCACAAGGCGUCCAGCUUGGCAGAUCGUCAGAGGGAGUAUCUGCUGGACAUGAUCCCCCCACGCUCCAUAUCUCAGUCCAUCAGUGGCCAGAAAUGAGCUCAAUCACCCCCACUGCAACCAUCUCCCUGUCGCAUGCAGUGCCUGUCCGUGUGCCUACCCAACAAAUCCAUAAAAAAAACACAGCCAGACUAACACCAGACUGUCAGUGCAUCUCAACCUCUAUUUCCUGCAAAAGCUGAUCUCUUUAUUUCAUUAUUAUUACUCUUGCUGUCAGUUAUCACCUUUAUUAUUAUUAUGAUUAUUGAUUUCAUUAUUGUUUGUGUUACAGGUAUCCUUCUGUUUAUUAGUAGCUGUAGUAAUUUGUGGAUUUCUUUUGCUGUUUUUAUUUAUUUCUUUCAUAAGGGAGGGGCUAGCUUGCAGGGUUACUUGAAUUUUUUUUGCUCUCAUAUUACAAAAGCCCUUAUUUCGUCUGAUCAUGUAGCCCACGUUACAGCUUAUGUCUAUAAAAGCUUUCAGAACAAGGAGAUGUGGCUAUUUUGCCAUGUGGUAAAAGUUUUUGUAGCAAUUUUGAAGCUACCAGUUCUUUAUAGACAGAGCCUUGGUGGCGACUGGGUCUGACAGGAACAAUGGACUUUUUCAUAGACUGAUCCAAAUGCACUGAGACGCUAAUUUAAUGUUCUGCCUUGAGAAGGCCAUAUGAUAUUUUGGAGAAAACAAGGUGCUGUCUACAGACUCUUUGUGGAAGGAUGUUUAGGCCUGGAUCAUAUAUAACACACAAUAGAAUGUCUUAGGAAUAAGCUGCAACAGAAGCAAAAAUCUCCACCACUGAAUACACAGGAUCUGCAACAAAUCAGAAAGCUUCUCCCUUCACUGACAUGGAUGGUGCAUCUUCCAUUCCUCUUCAAUGCCUAUCAUGACAUUGAUGCUAAAAAAAAAAUCUAUUCUCUACUAAAUGCCAUAAUAGUAAAUCUCCAUGUGGUGCCAUGUGUUUGGCUGCAUAUGGAGAAAAUGAGCAACACAGUUCCAUCAAAAUGAACUUUAUUCCUUUUUUUAUUACAAAUGUAAUUUAGUGUAGUUCAUUCAUAUUUCUUUUUCCUUUUUUUCUCUAUUUUUCUUGGCGGCGUCUUCUGCCAAAAUGGUUGCGUAUCUGAAAGGUACUUGCCACGGGAGACGAUAAUCAUCUAAAUAAAUGGACAGGAACUACUAUAUCUAUAUGGGUUAUGUAUAGAUUCUUGGCAUGAGAUAGGGUUUAACAAAAGGAGAUCAUAUCUAUUAUAGCAUAGGCAAGGAUCAAUCAGUGUAAUGGGCAACUCGUGCAAGCUGCCUCAUACUCCAGGAGCACUUUUCUUUAUUAAGAUUUGACAAAUGGUUAGAAAAGAGGACAAAAAUGUUACAUCUCCCAUAUUUUGUGUUAUGUAUGGCAGCAGAUUAAGAGAGAUUUAGAAGAGAGAUAAAGUCAUGUAUUGUGUGGUGAAUUUUACACCAACUGAAUUUUAUUGAUGCUCACUGAUCAUGUCUGUGACAGAAUGAGAUGAUUCAGUGAGUGCAU